AGGAGUAAUGUUCAGUCUUUGGAGGUCCGAUGGUGAACAAGUGAAAGGCCAGGAAACUCCGACCAACCGCUCACUGCCGACGUGCCGUUUCUUCUUUAGUGUGUGAAACACAAGUGGAUCUCAGGUCUUCUGCAUCUGGACCAGAGGGUGUGAAGAGAGUAUGAAGUCAUGCUUUAUGCAUUGAUCACAUUUCAAUGUAUUCUCAUUUGAGCCUCAUGCAAUUAUCAGAUAUUGAAUAAAUAUAUGCUUCAGAAUAAAAGUUCACGCGUGACCUUAGAAACAGAAGUUGGCAAAACGAUCACAUUAAUCAUAUGUGUUGUCGAGCUUGCGAUCAUAUCACAGGAUCUUCCUCUGCAAAUGAAUAAAUAGGAAAUGAAACAUUGUUCAGCCUCUGAGAGCAGUCAUAAACCCACCGCCCGCCCGCCACACAAUAAACCGGCAAUAAUAUCUCGCCAGGUGUGCCGCCAUGAAUUACCAUCAUCCCCUCUUUCCUGAACGGUAUUUGUAUUGUUUUUAUUUCUCGAGGACUGACUGCAGGUGGCUUAUGGAGCUCAUAGGGCGAUGGCAGGUCCCACGUGAUGCUGAGGCUGACAGGACCAGAUGAUGAUCACCAUGGAGAUCAAUAUUAUCGGUACCUCAGCGCUGCUUCUUGCAAUUCUGCACUCAUUGUGCAGUCAACUCAAUGUGUGUGUUUUCUUUGGGCAGUUGCAAAAGAAGAUAAUGUCGGGAGAUGUGGAGUCAUACGCUCUCACCUAUUAGCCAACCCUAUUAUUAUUCAUAUUCAAACCAUAUACAUUCAACCCCGCAUGGUGUCUUAUUGUAUCCCCAUCUUAACUGUUGCAUCUCAGUUUGAGUUUGAGUUCAUUUUUCCCCAAGCUGGUUUCUUUACAAAUAUGAGACAAACAAUGCCACUUCCUGUUUCUACACGACACAAUGUGACAAAAAUUACAGAUGACGUUAUAGGUUUCUUGUUGCUGGUGCUCCUGCAGGAUGGUGAAGGGAAUCCCCCCUCUCUCUCUCUCUCUCCUCCUUAAAAAUGCAUAUAAAUACAAUCAGGUAUAAGAAGCCGGCAGCAGUACUGAUCAACCGGUAAACGACUAUCGACUUCUAUCUGAUCCGAAAGAUGACAGUCUUUAAUUUAUGUGAGUUCAGCGUGAAACACGAAGAAUGAAACGCGUAGUGUGACGUGGUAUCGUGAGCGUGCUCGUGAAACUCUCGUGCACAUGAGACGCGCACGUGUUGACGCUUAUGUUGCUCUCUGUGCAGUGGGCUUCGCCAGCUGUGUGCUGCUGCUGACCUCCAGCGGGCGCGCGUCGGCGGGGCUCCCCGUGCACGCGCGCAGCGCAGCGAACUCCGCUGACUGCUCGCUGCACUGCGGGAACCUCCUGCUGACCGUCAGAGAGCUUCUCGGCAGUGAUGUUCUGUGUUUCGGCAUCGCCUCUGAUGGGAUGAUGGUGAUGAGUCAGGCUGAGACGGUACUGGCCUGCGCACCCACCCGGACUCAGAACACAAGCUGCACAAUGGAAAGAAAUUCAUCUUUUAGUGAGAGUGAAUGUCUGAGGAACAUCAGGAAGGACUUGGCCUACUAUGCUGCUGCUUUUCAGUCUUACUCCAAGUCCCAACUCAGAAGUCACAAUGAAGAAGUUGCACUUCUGAGUCCAACUCUGGAAAAAAUACAGAGGCUGAAGAAGAGCUGCUCCCUGACGCCCAAUGAAGAGAAGGACUCUUCAGAGGAGGAUGCUGCCCAGAUGUGGGGAGAUGACACCUUCAGUAGGCGGCAGAAGAUGUGUCAGAUGAUGAGGGGCUUCCAUGUCCGGACCAUCACCAUCAACCGAGCUAUGGGUUACAUCUCCUCGGGAGACCACAGGAAGUAAACAUCCGACCUACGAGCACAUAACAAUCAUCCCUAUCAUUCCAAUCACAAAGCUUUCCUUCUUUAAUGUAUCACAAUCGAACAUCAUUUACAGCUCCUGACGACGUAGUGCUGUUCACUGCACGUGCUGCAGAACACAAUGUAUUUUAGAUGUAUUUAUUACAUUUAUUGAAUGGCUUGUUAUUUAUUGUAUUAUUUGUUGUUAUGAGUAGACCCAUCUAAAGAUGGAUCAGAAGAAAUGGACAGCAUGCGAGUUAAAUAUGAAUGUCACAGCAAAGGGUCUGAAUACUUGUGACCAUGUGAUAUUUCAGUUUUUCUUUUUUAUUAAAUUUGCUUUUUUUCUGUCAAGAUGGGGUGCUGAUUGUACAUUGAGAAAUAAAAUGUUUUUUUAAAUUGUUUUAGCAAAUGAAAAAAUACAUUUAUUUAAGGCUUGUGUUAUUUAUUGUAUUAUAUUAUUUGUUGUUUUGAGGUGCUGAAGUAGAAGUGGUAUUUAUGUGGGAAUGGGUUCAACAAUAAAAUGAUAAAUGAAGUCAAAAGAAACUUUA